AUGGUACACGGACUCAGAACUCAUGAAAGAAUAUCUAAAGAGUUCAUGGCGAUAAAAACAGAUAUGUCCAAAGCAUAUGACCGCAUUGAGUGGAUGUACUUGGAGAGUUUGCUAGCUGCUUUGGGUUUUGACUCUGUUUUCUAUGACUGGAUAAUGCGUUGUGUAAAAUCGGUUUCGUAUACGGUUUUGAUAAAUGGGGAGGAGCAAGGAAAGGUGUUGCCCAACAGAGGAUUGAGACAAGGGAAUCCUCUGUCUCCUUUCCUUUUCGACCUUUGCACUGAAGGGUUAUCUCAUAAACUGAAUGAGGCAGAGAGAAGAGGAGAGAUCACGGGCAUAAGCUUCUCAGAAGAAGGACCGGCAGUACACCAUCUUUUUUUUGCAGACGAUUCUCUGCUUUUAUUGAAAGCAAAUGAAGCUGAAUGCGCAGCAGUCUGUAAGAUCUUGAGAGAGUAUGAAGCAGUGUCUGGCCAGAUGAUUAGUUUUCAGAAAUCUGCCAUCACUUUUGGUAACAAGGUUAGUGAAGAGAUGAAAACAAAGAUCAAGGAAGCGACUGGGAUUUACAAUGAAGGUGGGACUGGGAAAUACUUGGGCUUGCCGGAGUGUUUUAGUGGUUCGAAAGUGGACAUGCUGCAGUACAUAUAUGAGAAGAUGACGGCUAGGUUUCAUGGAUGGUAUGCUUUUUUCUUGUCGACUGGGGGGAAGGAAGUGUUGCUGAAAUCGGUAGCUAUGGCUAUGCCAGUUUUCGCAAUGUAUGUUUUCAGACUUCCAAAAACUACUUGUAAAAGGCUUACUAGUGCGAUGGCAAACUUUUGGUGGAAUGUACAAGAAGGAAAGAAUAAAAUGCAUUGGGUGUCUUGGGAGAGAAUGUGUUUGGAUAAGGAGGAUGGUGGAAUGGGAUUUAAAGAUCUCGAGAAGUUUAAUCAAGCUUUACUUGCAAAGCAAGGUUGGCGGCUACUGAUGGAUCCAUCAUCACUCUGUGCUAGAGUUUUGAAGAGCAUGUACUAUCCUUCGGGGUUUUUCCUAGAGGUUAAGCUUGGCUCAAGACCAUCUUAUGCGUGGCGCAGUAUCUUAUAUGGUCGUGAGCUGUUGACUAAGGGCCUUAGACGCAACGUAGGCUCUGGAGAGCAGAUUAAUGUCUGGGUGGAUAAGUGGCUUUUCGACGAGGUCCCAAUUGCUCCGAUGAGGAAGCAAACUUUCUUCAAUGUGGGUCUAAGAAGGGAAGUUGGAGGAAGUCUUUUUCUCUCUGAUAUAGAGAGAGUCUUGAAAAUCAAACCGGCUUUGGGGAAGGAAGAUUCACAUGAGUGGGUUCACAACAGAAGUGGGGCUUAUUCAGUGAAAUCUGGUUAUUGGCUGGCGUGUAAGCUUGAUCAAUCGUUGGUGAGGAAGCAAGCUCAGAGUAAACCAUCGCUUAAUGGUCUUAGGAGUCGGGUCUGGCAAGUAAGAACUGCUCCAAAGAUCAAAAUCUUUAUGUGGAAGGCUCUGUCGAAUGCUCUUGCAGUUGCUGAAGAAUGCCUAUCUAGGGGGAUGAAGGUGGACUCUAGAUGCCAGAACUGUGGUGAAGAUGGCGAAUCAAUAAAUCAUGUCCUCUUCACUUGUCCAGCUGCUCGCGUUGUGUGGGCUUCUUCGGGUAUUCCAUUUCCACUUAGAGGUUUUGAGAACAGAACUCUACAUGAAAACUUCUACUAUCUUCUCAACCUUGGUAAAGAUCGAAGGAUACCAACGGAGGGAAGAGGCACGUUUGACGCUAACGCAGCAGCUCUUUGUGAAGAGGCUAGGAUCUUGAGGAAAUCCAAGAAAUCAAAGUUAGUGGGACUAGGAUGGAUAGUCAGAAAUGCAGAAGGAAGUACAGUUUUGCAUAGUCGACGAGCUUUCAAUGGGGCUCAAUCUGUUUUAGAGGCUAAGCGUUUGGGUCUGAUUUGGGCUGUUGAGAGUAUGACUUCGCAUAGGCUUCACAAGGUUACCCUGGAGAUAGAGUGCCCUGAGUUGGAGGGGGCCGUUAACAGACCAAAAGAGUGGCCGGCGUACAGAGGAUAUGGUGUGGAGUUGGAACAUGUUCUUAAUAAUAUUGCAGAAUAG